AUGGUUCUUAUUACAAAUAGACAGUCCAAUAUCUUACAAAAUAUUGAAACCUUACAUCUGUUCGCUCGCGUGGUUUCGGAUAUAUGCCAUUCAACUGACGAGAGAGAGAUUUUAAGAAAUAGCUUCGAAUUGUUGAGUGCUUUCGAUGAAAUCGUAUCCUUAGGGUAUCGAGAAAAUGUCAAUCUCGCUCAGAAUAAAGAGCAAGAAGCUGAAGAAGAAUUAAAAGAAGGGCUAAACAAUUUGAAAUGCAAAAAAAAAGAAUGUUCAAAAGAGGAAGUGGCACUCCGUUCGGAAGCAGUUUUGGUCAGUCUAUUAAUAGACCGUCUUCUUAUUCCGAACCACAAGUGCAAACAUCCUUUGAAGAGGGUAUACGUUCUACUUUCUCCAACGCCAUCACCUUCUAAAGCUAAGGUCGGAUUUGAUGAUGUAUCCGAAAAGACUAGUGUUAAAUGUACAUCUAUUCCAAAGCCCCCGUUGAAAGAAAUAUUUUCUAUUGCUUUGAAAAACCCUGGUAAAGGAUUUCCUGUUAAUCGGCCAUUGGGUGUUCUCAGAUGGCGACUCAUUACAAAAGAUGAGACAUUAGUUCCGUAUCAA